AUGUCUCUUAAAGACAAACCUGAAGCCAAAUAUAUAUCCGAUAUCGUGGGUGAGUGGGGUCGUUGGCAGUUAAAUCUGAGCGCAUUUGUCUUUGUUGUCAUUUCCCUCAAUGCUUACGGCGAUCUCAGCUAUAGUUUUCAUGCAUAUGAUGUUGACUAUUGGUGUCGUGAUAUACCCAUUGAAUCUAAGAAUAAUAUAUCACUUGAAGAAUAUCGAUGUCUAGAAUAUACAAAUCCAAAUCAAACUUGCAAUCAAUGGGAAUAUAAUACAACAGAUUUUCAUAAAACAAUUAUUACUGAAUUUGACUUAGUUUGUGACCGAUCUAACUAUGCAUCUCUGAGUCAAUCAUUUUUUAUGUUGGGUUAUCUGAUAACUGGUGUCCUAUUGUCUCAAUACGCCGACAAAUACGGCCGAAAGCCAUUGGUUUGGGUGUCAUUUGUCUUACAAAUAAUUUCAUGGAUUUUGGGCGCAACUGCUGUCAACAUUUGGAUGUAUUCAAUCUCUAGACUAUUACUAGGACUAGCAAUAUAUGGUUGUUCCGGACCUAUUUCUACAUCACUAUUGGAAAGUUGUGGUCCAAAACAUAGAUCAGACAUUUAUAUGGGAGCCGGGUUUGGGUGGGUUUUUGGUUAUGUUAUGUUACCGGGAAUUGCUUUUUGGCUCAAAGAUUUCCGAAUAAUGAAUUGGUUCGGUAUUGUGCCGAUCAUCAUAUGUAUGGUCUGGUUUAGGUUUAUACCAGAGUCUCCCCGUUGGCUGAUAACCAAAGGACGCACCGAUGAAGCCGAGGCUAUACUCAAAAAGAUUGUUAAACAAAACAGAUUGAGUGCUAAAAACUUUGAUCAAAAGUUUUUGCAGUUUAGAACACAUAUUUCAAAAAAUCAGACAUCUAAUAAAACUACCAAAACUUAUAAUAUGUUUGACUUAGUGAAGACACCAAAUCUGCGUAACUAUACUCUUAUAUUUUGGUUUUCAUGGACAGUACUGGGACUCGUUUAUUAUGGAUUCACUCUAAAUAUGGGCGAUUUUGGGGGCAAUUUUUAUAUUACUUUCCUAUUAUCUGGUAUUGUGGAACUGCCCUCUUCAUUGAUAUCAAUAUUAGCCCUGAGAUACAUGAGUCGACGCAUGGCAUUGAUUACAUUUCUGUCAAUUAUCAUCAUAUCUUCGUUAGCCAUUAUUCCCACAACUGAUCCCAAUUGGAAGGUAACAUUUGCACUCUUUGGUAAAUUUUCUGUUGGAUCUCUUUGGUGGAUAUAUGAGAUAUACGUACCAGAAGUAUACCCAACAGUAUUGAGAAAUACUGGCGCCGGAACUUCAUCGUCAUUCAGCAGAUUAGGUUCAAUGGCUUCACCAUUCAUGAAGAAUUUGGCUGCAAACACCAGCUUAUCAGUAGUAAUGGUUUUAUAUGCAUUUUUAUCGCUUUGUUCGGCGAUUUUAGCCCUUUUUUUACCUGAAACUAAAGGCACGGAAAUACCGGAUACAUUGGACGACGUCAAGGCAUAA